AUGGCCGAGAUCCAUAAGUCAGCAAAAACACCGUACAACCCUUCCAAAAAGACUUUCUGGAAGGAGCCAUUCGAAUCUGGUUUGCAUGCUUUCGCGGUUGAUUCCACACCGAAAGCCAAAAAUCCGAACUUUGAUCCCGAGAAAUUCUGCAAGUAUCACAAAAUACGUGGACACUCGACUGAAGAGUGCAGAAUUGUGGGACGCCUCCUCGCGCGGAAACACGAAGCAGGAGAGUUCGGCGAAAUCGAUCUCGAAAAAGAGGGAGAGAAGGCGAGAGAAGCCAACGCCACUACCAAAGAAGCCGCAGCAAAGCGUGAAAGGACCCACGAGGCCGAGGGAUCUUCCCCCCCCUCCAGCCCCAAAGAAACAGUCGACUUCAUCACGGGAGGAUCUUCCUUAUGUCGUAACUCAGUUAAUUCGAUCAAAGCCUACCAACGUAGGGUCGAUAGUUACCAUCGAGAACGGAGACCCCGCACAGACCCGGACUACGAGAUUACUUUCUGGGAAAGCGAGACCGCGGACCUGGAUAAACCCCACGACGACGCUCUAAUUGUAAGAUUAGAUGUCGGGGGAUGCGAGCUCUCCAGAAUAAUGAUUGAUACCGGGAGCUCCGUCGAUCUCUUAUUCUACGAUGCCUUUAAACGGAUGGGUUAUCCUGACUCCGAGCUAAAAGGGGCCAAAACCCCGCUCACCGGAUUCGCCGGCGACACGACCUUAGCUAAAGGCACCAUUUCCCUUAUAGUGGAAGCCCGAGGGGUACGACGUCUCAUCGACUUUGUGGUCGUCGAUCGUCUCGCCCCUUUCAACGCCAUCCUCGGCAGACCAUGGUUGUAUGGGAUGAGGGCGGUCCCGUCAACGUAA